AUGGCUGUUCGGACAUGUUACCAACACCAUGAUCUUGGAUUCUUGGAUCAGCUAAGCCAUCUGAGGAAUGAUCUUACAAUACCAGGGUCCAUCAGCCCCGCGAUUUUCAAGGAUCGAGGUCAUUAUACCGGAUCAGCAGACAUUUUACUCUGCAGCGACAUUGUACAAGCAAGUCAACGAACGGUCGAUAUACCGUACGAGUACGUUAAAACGCCUGAAGAAAAGACAGACAAACUCAUCUACCGGAAUUUCAACUUCGUUCAGUUUGUCAUUGCAAUUGGUCAGGAAACGAAAAGAUGGGUUGCCGGUCAUCCGCUCCAUGUCGUCGUCGACCUGGGGAAGUAA